GCAACCGGUUCCCUGACCACCAUGCCCAAGUACGCCAACGACCAGCCCGCCGGCUUCACCAACACCGUUGAAAGAGUCGCCAUUGUUGGGGCUGGGGGUACGAUUGGGUCGCACAUUGCCAAGGCGCUUUUAGCCACCGGAAAACAUACUGUCACAGCGAUCUCCCGUAAGGACAGUGACAACAAGCUUCCCGAGGGUGUUCAAGUCGCCUCGAUCAACUACGAGGAUGAGGCCACCAUUGUUGCAGCCUUCAAGGGCCAGCAAUUUUUGAUCAUCACCAUGGCCCCGACUGCUCCCAGAGACACUCACAGCAAGCUUGUGCGGGCGGCUGCCAAGGCGGGAAUUCAAUACGUAAUGCCCAACGGAUACGCCGGCGACAUUGAAAAUAUCGAGUUUGGCAAAGACACAUUGCUGGGGCCUGUCGCCGAAACCAACAGGGACGAGAUUGAGAGCCUGGGCAUGCAGUGGAUCACAGUCUGCUGUGGAUUCUGGUACGAUUACAGCUUGGCGGGUGGAGAGGCGCGCUUUGGGUUCGACUUUGGCCACCGUUCCCUGACGGUCUAUGGCGAUGGUAACGUCAAGAUCUCGACGUCAACAUUAUCGCAGGUGGGACGCGCCGUGGCCAAAGUGCUGAGCCUCAAGGAGCUUCCCCAGGAUGAAAGCGACAAAACCCUUACUCUGUCCACUUUCUCAAACAAGGGCGUGUACAUCAAAAGCUUUGCGGUCAGCCAAAACGAGAUGUUUGACAGCGUAAAGCGUGUGACCUCCACCAUCGAUACGGAUUGGAGAAUUACUUACCAGGAUACCAAGAAGCGGUACGAGGAUGGUUUGAUGCAGGUUAAACGGGGGAAUAUGGCGGGCUUUAGCAAGAUGCUGUACGCUAGGGCUUUCUAUCCACAGGAUCCCGGUGAUCUCUCGGCCAAGGUGCAGAAUGAGCUGCUCGGAUUGCCGGAUGAGACGCUGGACGAGGCUACUAGGGUAGGAAUCGACUUGGUCAAGGAGCUGCAGCUUCGAGUUGAGCGCAUGGCAGCCUAG